AUAUUGGGUAGGAUACUAUCUUUAUUAUGGACUUUCCUCGAUUGAUGAUCCUAAUGAUGAAGAUAAGAAAAGUCAACGUUUUGAAAAAGCUGCAGCAUUAUUUAAAGAAGCAGCAGAUUCGGGUUUAGCUGAUGCUCAAUUACGUUAUGGACAUUGUUUAUGGUUAGGAGAAGGUGUCCAAAAAAAUAUAAAAGAAGCAAUUGAAUAUUUUCAAAAGUCAGCAGAUAACGGUAAUACUACUGCAUUAUAUAAUAUUGGUAAUUUAUAUUAUAAUGGAUCAGCAGGAGUUUCUCAGGAUAAGGAAUUAGGGAUUAGAUAUUUAAGAAAGGCUGCUCUGCAAGGACAACCUAAAGCAUUGGAGAUGUGUAAAAGGAAAGAGAUUGGAUUGGUGG